AGUGACUCUGACUCAAUGUUUUUGAGUUUGCUGCUUUGCAUUGCAAUGUUAUUUCAAUUUAUUUGGAGCUAGAAUGAAUAAAUUUCGUCUGAAUAAAAACAAUCCACUUUUCCGUGCCUCAUUUUCAUAAUUACUCAAUGUAAUAAUUUGAUUUUUUCUUUCACAUACCGACACAAUGCCUAGAGAACGGAACUAUCGUCGAAGAUCUCGAAGCCGGUCUCGGAGUUCUUCAGCAAGCCCGGAUAGAACACGCCGGCGGAGAAGUCGUAGCAGAGAUAGAGAUAGGAGAGCACGCAGUCGAGACAGACGAUCCAGAACACCCGAAAGAUUUCGUAGAUCACGAUCUCGAGAUAGACGAAGGUCUUUUCAACUACAGUCUAGAAGUCGGUCAAGAGAUCGAGAAAGAGAUCGAAGACGUAGAUCUCGCUCUCGAGGCAGAGACAGAAGAUCGCGAUCCCGAGAUAGGAAAGACAGAUCUCGUAGCAGAGAUCGUAAAGAUAGAAGAAACAGUUCAAGAGAUAGAUCAAAAAAAGAUAAAGAUGAUAAAAGAAAAGAAGAAGAAAACAAAGCAAAUGAAGACUCUUCAGAAUUGAAAUUUGAGCUUCUUGACAAGGAAGCUCAAAAUAAGCAAUUAGAAUUAGAAAUGCAGAAACGUCGUGAAAGAAUAGAAAAGUGGAGAGCUGAAAGAAAGAAAAAGGAAAUUGCUGAGGGAGGAACUGUGAAUACCUCAAACGUUGUGUUGCCUUCUGUAAAAAAAUGGACAUUGGAGGAUGAUGAUGAUGAAGAUUUACCUCUUGUUGUUGAAACAGAAAAAAACGAAGCAGAAGAGAAAGUUGAAAAGAAAGAAAUUAAGGAAGAAGAAAAAGAAAAGGAAAAUAUGGUAGUUGAGGAAGAUGAUGUUGAUCCUCUAGAUGCUUUUAUGCAGGGCAUACAGGAAGAAGUAAAGCAGCUGCGUCAUAAGAAUAUAUCAAAAGAAACUGAUGGUGAAGAUAAAACAGGUGGAAAAGUUACUGUCAUAGUUGGGAUGGCAAAAAAGAAAGAUGCUAAAGAUAAAGGAGAACUUAUGGAACAAGAUCAAGAUGCCUUGGAGUAUUCUUCAGAAGAAGAGGCUGAAGACUUGCAUUCAACUAUGUUCAACCUUCAAGCUAAUAAAACCAAAAAGCUUAUGACAGUUAGUAAAGAAGAUGUUACCUAUCAACCUUUUCGAAAAAAUUUCUAUGUUGAAGUUCCAGAGUUAGCUAAAAUGACCAUGGAAGAGGUUGAAGCCUGGAGGAAUGAAAUGGAAGGCAUUAAGGUCAAAGGAAAGGGAUGUCCUAAACCCAUCAAAAACUGGGCUCAAUGUGGUGUGAGCAAAAAAGUUUUAGAGGUUUUAAAAAAGCACAAUUAUGAAAAGCCAACACCUAUUCAGGCUCAAGCUAUUCCAUGUGUAAUGUCUGGUAAAGAUAUGAUUGGAAUUGCUAAAACAGGGUCUGGGAAAACUUUGGCAUUUUUGUUACCAAUGUAUAGGCAUAUAUUGGAUCAGCCACCCUUGGAAGCUGAUGAUGGUCCUAUAGGUAUAAUAAUGACUCCAACUCGAGAACUUGCGAUGCAGAUUACUAAAGAAUGCAAAAAAUUUGCUAAAGCACUGGGAUUAAGAGUUGUGUGUGUUUAUGGUGGUACUGGUAUAUCUGAACAGAUUGCAGAGUUAAAAAGAGGAGCUGAGAUCAUUGUUUGUACUCCUGGGCGUAUGAUUGAUAUGUUGGCGGCAAACAGUGGUCGUGUGACAAAUCUGAGAAGGUGUACAUACAUUGUCUUAGAUGAAGCUGAUCGUAUGUUUGACAUGGGAUUUGAGCCUCAAGUGAUGCGAAUUGUUGACAGCACACGACCUGAUCGUCAAACUGUCAUGUUUUCCGCUACUUUUCCUCGCCAGAUGGAAGCAUUAGCUCGACGCAUCUUAACUAAACCUGUGGAAGUGCAAGUAGGAGGAAGGAGUGUUGUUUGUAAAGAUGUCGAGCAACAUGUAUUAGUAAUUGAGGAAGAUGGAAAAUUUUUAAAACUGCUGGAACUCUUAGGCUUUUAUCAAGAGAAAGGAAGUGCACUUGUGUUUGUCGAUAAGCAAGAAAAUGCCGAUCUCCUGUUAAAAGAUCUAAUAAAAGCAUCUUAUAAUAGCAUGGCACUUCAUGGUGGAAUUGAUCAGUUUGACAGAGAUUCUACGAUUUGUGACUUUAAAGCUGGAAAAGUUAGUGUUCUGAUUGCUACCUCUGUUGCUGCUCGUGGUCUAGAUGUGAAACAUUUAAUACUUGUUGUAAAUUAUGAUUGCCCCAAUCAUUAUGAAGACUAUGUUCAUAGAUGUGGUCGAACAGGACGGGCUGGCAAUAAAGGAUCUGCCUACACUUUUCUUACUCCAGACCAAGGUCGAUAUGCUGGUGACAUUAUUAAAGCUUUAGAAUUAAAUCAGAUUGCUAUUCCUGCGGACCUGCAAAAGUUAUGGGAUGAGUACAGAAUAAAACAAGAAGCGGAAGGUAAAAAAGUGAAAAGUAGUAGUGGCUUUUCAGGAAAGGGCUUCAAAUUUGAUGAAGCAGAAGCUCAACUUGCAAAUGAAAAGAAAAAAUUCCAGAAAGCUGCCCUAGGUCUUCAGGAUUCUGAUGAUGAAGAUGCUGAAGCAGAUAUUGACAAAGAAAUUGAGACUUUGUUAGCGCCAAAAAAGCGUGUUCAAGAAAUAACCAUUCUUCCUUCUGGUGCCACUGGUUUACCUGGUAGCAUUGGAAGUGUGGAAAAAUUAGAACUGGCAAAGAAACUGGCCUCACGAAUUAGCUUGGCAAGAAACAUAGGAGCUGAAGCUCAACAAGCUGCUGAAGCAGUACUUAAAGGACAUCUUGGCACUCCUGUGAUAUCAGCUAAGACAUUAGCUGAACAGCGUGCAGAAAAACUACAUGCAAAACUUAAUUACCAGCCUAAAGCUGAUGAAGAAGGUAAAGAAGAUGAACAAGCCAUGGAAACUUUCCGAAAGUAUGAAGAAGAAUUGGAAAUCAAUGAUUUUCCUCAACAAGCAAGAUGGAAAGUCACAUCAAAGGAAGCUCUCGCUCAGAUUAGUGAGUAUUCGGAAGCUGGUAUUACUGUUCGUGGUACGUAUUACCCUCCUGGAAAAGAGCCCAAAGAGGGAGAUCGGAAACUGUACUUGGCUAUUGAAAGUACAAAUGAAUUAGCCGUGUCGAAAGCACGGGCAGAAUUCAUUAGGUUAAUCAAAGAAGAGCUUGUUAAAAUGCAACAUUCGUAUCAACCGAUCAACAGAGGGCGCUACAAAGUUCUGUAACAUCCCUUUUCCCUGUACAGAUCACUGCAUUAAGUAAUAAAUUUUUAUGUAACUAAUAUUGUAAAUGUAUUAUUCUAUUAACAGACAAAUUCCAUGUGUGCUCAAAAGAAGCAGAAUAUAU